CGUGUGGCUAGACCUUAGCUCUGGAGGAGUUAUGUGUUGGUCUUUCACUGAUGAUUAAAUUCCCUGUGGGGGACUUCUGAUACCUCAUCUUAUUUUCCUGGCGUCGUUUGUUGGAUCCAUUAAAAUGGAGUCAAUACCUCCUGCUUUGGGAGAUGACACUUUGCCUCCUGCGGGUGUGACAGAUGAUGUAAAGCUUGUUUUCAAGAAGCUGUCAGAGUGCCAAGGCAAUCUCCCAAAACGUUGCAAAGAACGUCUAGUAGAUGAGGCUGUCAAGCUGCUAAAAGAAAAAGUCCAGCUGCAGUCACUGGAGAGGUCUCAUCUCGUCUCCCUCACGAAGCUGCUCGUGGCUGUGCAGAUGGAAGCGGCGAGCACCUCUAGCCUGUGUCGAAAGCUUGACCAGAUGAUUCAGCUAAUUGGUGAGGUCAGUUCAGGUGUUGCCCUGGAGGAAGUUCAGCGGUGCAUCAAUGCAGUAAUGCACAGUGACCUAAUUUUGUCAAUCAAGGAUCUUCAAUAUGUGUCAAUGUUUUUGGAGUGCAGCUGUCUUGGUCAAAGGAUUUUAAGACAACAGUGCCUUCAUCUCCUUUCCAAAGUUAGUGAAGUUUUCUCAUCUUCUCGAGAAGAGGACAAAUUGAGAAAUGAAACUUUGUGUUACCAAGCUGUAAAGGUGUGUCUCCAGAUUUUCCAGUCGUUGUCUGAAGAGGUGUAUCCCAUGGUGUUUGGAAGACAAUCGACAAAUUCAGUUCUGGCGAGCAUUGUGGGAUUCCUCAUGGACAUUGUUCUUGGAUGGAGUGCCAACAAAGACACUCGUCUCUUAGCGGGCACCGCAGUGGGCAUGCUGAUUAACACAGCUCCAGAGGAGGACCAGGGGAGGACAGCUGCUUGGUCUGUCCUUCAGUUCGCUAGACAAGAACCAUGGCAGAUGACUGUGGGUGGACUACAGGUUCAGUGUCACCGCAAAGCAAAGGAUGGGUUGGAGAAACUGGCCUUGUGCAGAGGUGUUUUGACUGCCUGCAGAAAAGACAUCCUUGCCCAUGGCCAGCACCCCACGACGACUUGCCUUCUCCUGGAUAUGUUUCCUGUCGUGUCUGCUGUUUGUGAGGAUUCUUUGGACAAUCUCUACUAUGCUUUCCAAGUGUUUAGCCUUUGGCUGAAAUGCCUGAAAGUGUGUCUGCCAUCUGUGAUGAAGCUGAGCAGUGGCCCACUGUUGGGACCGGACUCCAGUCUGCAGCGUCCAGUCAUUGAUAUAAUUUGGAACAAUGCAGAGAGCCCUAUUGAGGGAAUCACUGAAUCUGUCCGCAGUGCCUUGUGUUUGUUUCUGGAGAUUUAUGAGUCUGACUGUCAGCAUAGUGGAGCUGAAGAGAGACCACUUUACCAGGACCUGUUACAUCAUGUUACUAAGUUGCCAUGGGAUACCAAAGCCAAGUACAUUUUUCUUUGUGCCCUCUUGCCCUACUUGGGGACCGAAGUGGUCUUAAAGCACUAUUCCGAGUUUCCGGUUCAUCUCUUGAAGUGCCUCUCCACCAAUCAGCUGUCUCCUUGGGCAUCUGAGGUCUACAUAGCGCUGGUCCAAGACGAGCGCAAAGAGAUGUGCAGAGCCCAAUCACCAGCACCACCUUCAGAACUGAAGCUAGCGGCUAAGUGGAGCCAGCGCUGGAGAGGGACUCUGCUGGAGGCCCUGACCUCCGACUCCAAACUCCUGCAGACCAACGCAGUCAGUCACCUCCUGCCCGCAACUCUCCAAACGUAUCCAUCCGCUUUCAACGUGCUGUUGGACGGUUUGGACCACACGUCUCAGAGAGACCUGAGGGCGUGGACGUGCAUCAUGAGUUGUCAGCGAGUCGUCUGUGAACGAUCCUCUUGGAUCUCCGAGGACGGCUGCGUGUAUGAAACUCUGCAGAGUGCCCUGACGUCCCUCGAUGACGGCGUUCGUUUGGCGGCGCUGAACAUGCUGUGCUGCAGCUCCAAGUCCAAGGAGAGGCCGAGCGCGCUGGAGCUGUCUGCCAUGAGGAGCUUCAUUCCUCUCAACCUCAACAGCGAGGCGCCGGCCUUCCGACAGCAGCUUUACGCAUCCGCCAAGAAGUUUCUCUGCAGAGUCAGGGACACUUGCUUAGCCGCGGUGCUGAAGGGCAACAGCAAAAAGAAGCUCUGUCAACAGGAUGAGGACAUACUCUGCCAAGGAGUUGAGUUUGUGGACUGGUUAGCGGAGCUGGCCUUUCUCUACCUGAAUCCGGGGAGCAAUUACCAGAGGAAGAAGACUGCUCUCUUACUGCUGUCUGCCGUGUUGGAGACCUGCACUGACACAUGGAGUCCUGACAAGAGAAAAGGACAGCCACCAGUGAACAUAUUGGCUUUAAUAACCUGGGCCCGGUCUAGAGGACUAUGGGACUUCUUCUCCACGUCGAAGCAACUGGCUCUCAUCAGCUGUAUGGAGGACAUGACCGAUGAGAUCCGUGAGCUUUCUUCUGAGUUGCUCAUUCAGUAUUUCCCAAAGCCUUUUCCGGAGCAGCUCACUCACCUUGUGUUUUCCCGAGCUGAGCUGUUUCUCCACAGUCCACGAGCGCAGGAGGCUCAGAUUGGAGCGCUGAUGAUGAAGGUUCUUCUACAGAAGGAAGUGGAUCUGUCCCAACCAUGGGUAAACAACAGGGUUAAUGGAGAUGAAGCAAAUCUCACCUCUGUUUGCCAGUACCUCCUUGAACUACUGGAGCAGCAGUACUUGACGGCUAUGACUGACAUGUUGGGGGCCUCUCAGAAGGCACCUAUGCACGGUGCAGCGACUGCUCUACAGAGAUGUCUGCUGGAGGUGCCUGGUGUCCUGCAGAAGGAGAUGGAUGCGGGCACAUUCACAAGGACUCUCGGCCUGAUUGAGAACAUCACUACUCUUAUACUUGGUGUGCUGUAUGGUGAACAAGACACCGAAAGUAAAGAGGUCCCGCCGUCCUAUUGUGAAAUGGGGAAGGCGAUCACGUCUGUUAUCGGUCAGCAGGCGGGAUCAGAUGGGGAAGAGGUUAUUCUGCUCUCAGAGGAACACAGCCUCGUGCUGACAUGCUGCUGGGUCUCACUGAAGGAAAUUGGAACUUUUCUGGGGUCCCUUGUUGAGAGAUUGAGCAGCCUGGCAGAGUCUGUCCAUCUACUGACUGUAGACCACCUGAGGAAAGUGUCCAAGGUGUUCAAGGAUAUCAUUUUGAAAUGUCGACACUGGGGGGCAGUAGAAGGCUGUUGUCGUGGAUUUACAAAGUUCUGCAGCACACUACUACUCAGUGCAGACCCAGAAGUCCAAGACAUCCCUGUAGAGCUGCUGAAAGAGGGUUUAAACCUUCUGCAGUCCCCUCGUGCCACCUCAGUAACUCGAAGAGCGGCAGGUCUCCCGAUGAUCUUCCUCUGUGUGGUGUCAGCAGCAGAGUCCAGUCGGAGAACGUCUCUGCUCUCCCUCAGUGUCAGCAACCUUCUGGAGGUGGCAAACAGCCCACUACCAGACAGCUGGGAUCAGACUGUGGACCUACCACAGGUGUGUGCUGUCCAUACUCUGAAUACUUUAGUCCGAGGGUCUAGUCUGGGUGUGGCCAUUCUUAAAUAUUGUCCCGACAUGGCCAUCCUGGCCUUGACCCUUCUCAGCUCCCCCUGCUGGGCUGUGAGGAACGCAGCGCUGCAAUUAUACAGCUCACUGUGUACGCGUAUGCUGGGCCACAGCCCCGGGGGCGACCAUGCUUCCCCCCAGUGCGGCAUGUGUCCCCUGGCCUUCUUCACACACUACCCUUCCCUGCUGCCCUUCCUGCUCAACCAACUCAGGACCGCAGCUGCAGAGCUUCACUCUCCGUCCAAACUGGGCCGUCUUUGUGUUCAUCCCUCCCUUUACCCCGUGCUCAUCCUCCUGGCCAAGCUGCAGCCGGGGCUUCAGACUGAGACCAGGGAGCUGUCAGAGGCCGUGCCCCCGCUGCUGCAGCUCUCCUCCAGCCCAGUCUACUGCAUCCGAGUGAUGGCCUCCAAAGCCCUGGUGGCCCUCAUGCCUUGCUCAAAAUACCUGGAUGUCCUCCUCAAGCUCGUGGGAGAGUUACCGAGUUGCAGCAAGAAGCCGUUCUCCCACAACCACCUGCAUGGUCAACUGCUGCAGAUCAGAGCCAUACUAACACAAGUCUUGCUCUCUAACAAAGCCGCCUUAAGUUCCCUCGAUCAUUUCACAAAGGUGUUGGAGUCCAAGCUGUGGCUGGUGACUUGGGGACAGCAGUGUCACAUGAUCCGAGGCAUGUACCUGGAGAUCGUCCGCCUCGUGAGGACCGGCUGCUCUGAGGACUUCCUGCAUCAGCUGUGUGAACUUCUUCACUCGGAGCUGCACACCCCACCUCACUGUCUGCAGAUUGGCUCAGACUCCUUCUUCCAAACGGUUGUCACUUUCCUGUGUGAUGAUCCAGUUUGGAUGAAUACGAUUUGGCAGACAUUUUCCAGUUGGAGAUCGGGUCUAAAGAUGUGUUUGCUCAAGUGGGCAGUAGAGGAACGAGGUGCAAGCAUAGGUGUGCAGCAUCUUCUUGGAAAAACACUUCAGGUAAACCUGAAAGAAGUGUUGCAGAAGGAGGAUUGUGAAGUGAAGGGAGUGUAUCUGAAGGCCUUGUUGUCGGUUGCGGCUGGAGGACUGGAUGGCUCUGCGUCUGAGGAGGGAGAUAUGAGGGAGUGUGCCGAGCUCCUGCUGACUGGCCUGGAGGUGUCUGACAGGGAGUCGGACUACUGCUCUCAGGCCCUGUGUGCUGCCAGCCUGCUACUCUACAGAUGCCUGGACGAUGAAUUGCUUCCACGGUGGUGCAGCAUUCUAGAAUGUCUGAUGUCACCAGAGAGUGUUGAGACACUCAGGAUGGCUUGUGCGGACUCCCUCUGCUUGGCUGGGUGUUCUCUAAUGCACGAAAACCAAACGGACAACACACACAAACUGGAACUGAGAAUAAGGCUGAUCAACGUGGGCUUGUGUCUGCUACAGGACCAGAGUGAGCGGGUGAGGGUAAAGGCGGCCAUCUUUGUGUCAAAGGUUUGGAACUCAUCAACAGGAGCAUCAACAGCAGUACACAAGCAGAAAACCUCCACUUCGGCACACGCCAACCAGUCAAUACACCUGCUCCUGCGGCUGGUCUUGGACCGAUACUGGGAUCACUCUGGCACUUUACAGCUUUUAUUGCGUCACUUACCGGAGUCACAAGUCAGCAGUUAUUUGCGGAAAGAUGAGGCAAAAUUCAGCAGUCUAUACGAGCGAGAUAAUCCCAACGUGUAUGCAGAGCCCUCGGCCAUUGCCGAGUGUCUUCUGCCCUCUUUACUCCAACUGGCCUUAAAAUACAGCGAGUCUUCAGCACUGGCCCAAAGGCUGGAUCUCUGGGUCAACAGCAAUUUGACUCCAGUACUGGAGAACCUCGCAGAUUGCAAGAAGUUUGCAUCAGGUCUGCAGAAUCUACAGUCUUCUUGGAUGAGGUUUCUUUCAGACCCUCUUCUCUACAAUAACCUGUGUGGACUUUUCACAAGAGCAAUCUUUCUCAAUCAGCUCCUGGUGGUCUCCACAGAGUUACAAACCGAUACCAAAAAACUGUCAACCGAUCUACUUGAUAUUUACAGACAGCUUCGCGCAAAUGGUUGCUUUUUGCCUCAGACCUUUGCUGAUUCCAUAUUGAGGUUUGUGAAGAAAUCAGAAACCCUUGUCAUCCAGGAUGAGUUUAGUUAAUUUUUAAACCAACCAACUAAUCUUACCUCAGUAUUAACCAUGGCUGUAAUACUUGUUCUGAUGACAGCCCUGGUAUUAGGUUACUGGACCUGUUGAUGUACUGUCUGAUAUCGUAAAUAGUGUGAGCCUUUGGUGAUGUCAGGCCUUUUUUGUAUUUUGAGUCAAAUUACACAGUACAUCUUAUAGUACCAAAACUGUAAGAACAGACCAAAGGCGGUAAAAGUGGCAGAAGUAAUUGAUUUUGUAUGGAAGUUGCAAAAGCGGUUUUGGCAUCAAAUGUGUCAAAAGAGAAGUUGUACUAUAAUAAAAAUAAUAUGUAUUGAGCAGCUCAGCAGUCCAACAGAAUGUCUACAUUUUUCUCAACACAAUUUUCGGUUGGUCACUCUUCCUGAUUGAUCGUUAAAGCUUGAGUCUUUUACCACUUUUGCCAUCUCUGGUCUGUACAGUCCAGGAAGGAUUCUGGCACUUAUAACGGUUUUACGGCUGCCAGUCUGUUCGUACUGUAAUGCUGACAGAGCGGUGUGUUUUAUAAGUCUGAUCAUCCCAUAUUAAAAAAAUAAAAUGA